GAUAUCUCGAUGAAACCGCCGAAGACGCAACAGAGAUCACUGUGAAUUCUCUCUCCCACCGCCAAUUGCUGCCAAUUGCUAUCAAUUUCCCCUGUUCUCUUUUCUCCCACUCCGCUCCUAUUGCCCCAGGUGCGUGCGAUCAUGCUUUCGAGGUCUGCUUUCGGCCGGAAUGCGCCGCGUUGUCUCCGAAAACAAUGUAUCGCCCGACCUUCCUCUCGCCGCGGCAUGGCGGCGGCGGCCAAGGGAUUCGAUUUCGAGUCUGGCGAAGCUGCUGGUGUGAAAUUUGCUAAUAGAGAGGUUGCCGGACCUACCACCACUUUGUCGCUCGUUGCGAAGGCUGGCUCACGAUACCAACCUUUCCCCGGUUAUUCCGAUCUCCUGGAGAAAUUUGCUUUCAAAUCUACAACCAAGCGGUCAGCGCUGCGAAUCACCAGAGAGUCUGAGUUGCUUGGUGGGGAAUUGUCUGCGUCUCACUCCAGAGAAAACAUCGUCCUUUCUGCCAAAUUCCUCAGCGUUGAUCUUCCUUACUACCUAGAAGUCCUUGCGGAUGUAAUAACAAAAACUAAAUACUCACAACAUGAACUCGAUGAGCUCGUCCUAAACCUUGUUAAACACUCCCAGAACGACCUCGUAUCGAACCCAGCUGCCCAGGCACUGGAUUCCGCACAUAACGUCGCCUUCCACCGUGGUCUUGGGGAGAAUUUGGUUCCGUACGCCAAUUCAUCCUUCGGAAAGUAUGUUGAAGCAGAGGGAAUUGCCGCAUUUGCUGAGGGCGCAUACUCGAAACCAUCCAUUGCCGUCAUUGCCAGUGGCGCCAACAGUGCCGAUUUGUCUAAAUUGGUUGGCCAGAUCUUCAGUGACGUCCCAGCUGCCUCAACCACCACUGGCCCAUUCAGCCCUAGGGCAUAUGAACCAACGAAGUACUAUGGAGGCGAGGAACGAAUUGCAAGCAAGGCCGGCAAUGCCAUUGUGAUUGCAUUCCCCGGAUCCAGUGCUGCAGGCAGCGGUACCAGCUACAAACCAGAGCUCGCUGUGAUUUCUGCACUCCUCGGAGGCCAGUCCACCAUCAAAUGGUCUCCUGGAUCCUCCCUCCUCGCAAAGGCCACCGAAGCAUUCUCCGACGUAUCAGUGUCGACCAACAACGCUACAUAUUCCGAUGCCGGUCUCCUCUACGUCACCGUUUCCGGAAAGGCGCAGAGUGUCGCGGCUGCCAGCAAGAGCGUUAUCAAGGCAAUCCAGGACCUCGCGGCUGGCAACGUCAGCAGUGAGGAGAUCAAAAAGGCAACCGCCCUCGCCAAGUUCCGUGCGUUGGAGGCUGGGGAGAUCGCCGCGCUGAGCCUCGAGUUCGCCGGAUCCAGAUUGGUUCAUGGCAACAAUGUUGUUCAGUUUACUGAGGUUGGUCAGGGUAUCGAGAAGGUCACCGAACAACAAGUGAAGGCGGCCGCCAAAUCUCUCCUCUCUGGAAAAGCCUCCGUCUCCGCAGUUGGCGAUUUGCAUGUCCUCCCCUUCGCCGCGGAAAUCGGUCUAACUGUCUAAAGGCGAAUCAUGUUGCCGCAAUCAUUUCCAUUCUCACUGCCAUUAAUGGACCAUUGUCAAUUACCCCCGUUUCAUCCUGUUACAUUAGAGAGACCUUAAAAUCUACCCACAAUAUACUUCCUUUUUCUCUUCCUCAGGGUUCCAUUUUCGAUAACAAACAAAACAAAGAAACGAAAAACGAAGCAAGCCAGCAACGUGAACCACUCGAUCUCGGCUCAAAAACCAACGCCAACGCCCAAUUCCAGACAUUUUUCUUUUUCUUUCCUUCUUGGUUCUUGACUUAUAUUUUCUUCCAUUUGUGCAUAUUCUCUUCCAGCAACCUUGCCCACAAUUUUCAACUUGUGUCUUGUAAACGCUCAAUGCCACAUCACACCUCCGUCCCAUUUCUUUAUUUCCUUCUUGUGUAAUUGUAUGCAGAUAAUCAACUCUCUGUUAGAUCAUAGUACAUAUGUACGUGCUAGCUAGCUCAUCCGUGGGAAAUCGGAAGAAAGGAAGCGGGGGCCGAGAGGGCGAAAAAAUACGUACUUACGAAAAGGAUAUUCGCAGAUAGCAUUUUCCUUUGAGAAUUGUAGUUUGACUGUGCUGCAGACGAAGGAAACCUGCGGUAUUCAUAUAGUUAAUAGAGCCAUAGGCGUUAUCCUGUAGUUAAGGACCCCACGUCGAUUGAUCACAUACAUGUUAGUCAAGUUGAUUCACAUCCAAUCUCAAGAUAUUCUGGUUCUUCUGAGUAUGUACGAAAUAGUCAUUAGGCUCAUAUACGAGCACAAGACGUUUCAAGCAAUGUCCAGAACAGGUAUUAUAUAUUAAAAUAUAUUUAACUAAGGGGGUGAGAAAGGCCAGCGUCCC